AUGGCGAAGCCCCGAAAACACUCCCCAACCGAUCCGAAAGUUAGCAAGUUUUACCGUCAUUUUCUGCUUAAAUCUUCCCUCAUAACAGUCUUAAUCCUCCUUCUCUCUCUAUUCCCCUCAAUCGCCCCCGAAUUCAUCACCCGAACCCUACACGCCGCCAGCUGGGAGCUUCUCCAGCUCGUCUUCAUCGGCAUAGCCGUUUCGUAUGGACUUUUCAGCCGAAAAAACGAGCAAACGGCGAAGCCCGAAAGUCCGCGGGUCGAAACGUUAAAUUCCCAGUACUUUAGAGUCGAGCCCGUGGUUGUGGUGACCAAAUUACAACAGAUAACCCCCGGAAAAAAGCCCCUGUUUUUGCCGAAACCGGAAAUAAAAAUAAAUGAGAAUGAGGAUAUAAAAACGAACUCGGGUUUUGCGGCCAAUGAUGACGUGGCGAAAUUUGUGGGUGUGAUUGAAACUAGCGACGAAGAUAAUGUUGGUAAUAAUAUUAUUGAUGUGGACAAGAAGGCGGACGAAUUCAUAGCUAAGUUCCGGGAGCAGAUAAGGCUGCAGAGAAUCGAGUCGAUUUGA